CAGAGCCGCAGCACAGUGUGAAGUUUGUCAGCUCGCGCUGCGGAGGGACUGAGAGAUCACUGCUGUUUAUGCUGGGGUUUGUUUUUGUUUUUGUUUUUGUUUUGGAAAACGGACAACAUAUAUAAAGGAGUACGGAAAGGAAAUAAGGGUUCCUGCUUAGUUUAAAAGGAAAAGAGGCAACACGUCCAUCCAUCCAUCCAUCCAUCCAUCCAUCCAAGUGUCGCAGUGCCAGUCACAGCACUGACUCUGGAGGACAAAAGUCUCAACCCAAGGACGCCAAGACAGCUAUCAAAAAGCAAACAACCACGUGCAUUGUGUUUCUUCCUCUUGAUGACCUUCUCAAAAGUAAACUGUCUGAAGGUUGGAGGACUCUGAAAGAGAGGGCUGGUGGAGGGGAGAAGAAAGCAAAGGCAUAUUUGGAGUUAAAGGCAUAUUGGGACUUCUAUUUCUGCUUCUCUGUGACAUUCUGGUGGCAAGUUGGAACCUGGACAGAAAUUCUUGCUCAGGACUAUCCUGCUGUGAAAAAAGUGACCAUCUCAUAGGGGACACUGGCACUGGAGGCUUCUGUUCGGAUGUUUUUUCCCCAGUAGGGAGGUAAAUGAUGAAGCCCUUAACACCAGUUGGCUCACCCUCGCCCCUGCGCCUUCUUAACAAGGGCCCGGAUUACCUACGUAGGCAGAUAGACAGUGGAAAUAGGGGCAACUCUGUUAGUGCUGUGGAGCGGUUAGAGGCAGACAAGGCCAAAUAUGUCAAGAGUCAGCAGGUCAUCAAUACCAAGCAAGAACCUGUGCUAGUUCCUUGUGCGACACCUCCACCCCCGUUACGCCGUAACUUCACCGCACCAACACCCUCGACACCUGUUCUGCCUCGACGCCCACCACUCAGUCCAUGCCCUCUCUCACCCCACAACAACAAUGAGGAUGAUUCCAGGAAGGAGAACCUCAGAGCUCUGUAUCUUGAUGUAGAGAAGCAAAACCAAAAUAACUCCAGUAGGGCACCUCUGCCAUUUCCAAGGAGCACAAAUGGCACCCCGUUGGUGGCGCCGCACAGUGCCCCCAUGAUGAGACGUAGCAUUGGGAAGCGCAUGCUCCGGCCUGAUUCCUUGGUCAUCUAUAGGCAGAAGAAAGAGUGUAAGAGUCCGAUAGGAAAUGGCGACGGAAACACAAGCACCGAGAUGAAGGGCUAUAGCUUUGUACGCCGGCUCUUCCAAGGUUCGAUGCGAGAGAAGAAUAGCAGGAAUGAAGAGAAGUUGACAAUCAGUGAAGAGAAGUGUUCAUCACGGGAUGGAGACUCACGCAUGUCGUGGUCUAUUGACCGGGACACUGUCGAUGGUGGGAAUGGGACAAGCCGAUCCAGUAGGACUGAAUCAAACAAUGGCAAUAGCAGCUUCCAGGAGCCUUGUAUUUCCUUUGGAAUGACAAGUUCCCUGAAAAAUAGCAUGGGUAAAGGGAAUGAGAAUUAUAUGGACCCUUGGAAACCAGUGAGGCCACUCCAGCGAUCUAAAUCAGACCUUCGACUUUGUUCAUCACUAGCGUUGUCUGAACAGGAGCGGUUCUUUGACUUCUGUGGUCUUGACUGGGACUUGGUGGAUCGGCUUGGGCCUGAGAACUUCCCAUCAGGUGCCAGCUCGAUUGACACUCUCUCACUGGUUCUGAGGAGUGUCGGGGGACUGGAAGGUGGCUCUGAGCCCAGCGAGUUUUCUCGCCACUCCGGAGAGGGCCUCUUCCAGGAGGAAGUGGCUGAGCAGGUACCCUCUGCCGUGUCCAUCAUCGAGAGGAAUGCCCGAGUUAUAAAGUGGCUUUAUGGCUGUAAGAAUGCAGCAAGUGAAGAACCCAAAGGUCCCAAAGAGUCAACUGUAUAGCCACAACUCAAAACAAACCUCAAGACUCUUGGACUAAGUACCACAUUGGCUGUUACACAUUUGAAGAGCUACUAUAUUUAUUUCAGUGGGAAUAUAUGCGUAUGAGAGAACAGCAUGAUACAAGGCACAUCAUUUUCUUACAUUUGUUCGAGAAGAAGCUGGAACAAUAAGAUUCUUUUUCAAUUUCCUGUCUGUAAUUUGGUGAUUUGGUGAGUUUCCCCAUCCUCACAGUGGUCCCAGUCUCUCUGUAUAUAAGUAAUACUUGUAUGUCCUAUUCAUUUUGUUGUUGGAGAACAACAGCACUGUGUGCUCAAGUACAUCUCAAUAGAUGAAUAAUUAAAAAUGGAAAACCACUAAGCUCUCCCUGUACUGGGGAUCUAAUGUGUGAGUGUGAAGUGAACCGUGCAUACCUCUAGUUUAUUUUGCUUUUUUCCCCCAUUAAACACAGGCGUUGGAACAAACACACAACAGACCCGUGUUAAUGCACUAAUGCACUGAAUUGCGUGUAGAUGGGGUAAAACUUAUUUUAGCUUGUGCAAACAACUUUGGUCCCCAAAUAUAAACUAAGCAUCAAUUAAGUAGUUUUGUUUCACAAAAAAACUCAUAUUUGGCACACACUUAUGAGUCCAUUUUAAUCCCAGUUAUUUCGAAAUUGCCAUGACAAUCCCAUUUGUUGUAUUACUAAAAGCAAAUGAAGCUGUUAUUUCCAACCACAAGUAGUACACAGACACUUGCUUUAGCGAAAUUGACAAAUUAGCAUCAGUAACAGAACUGACCUUAUGACCACACGCCCAAUACUGAACCAGAUUUCUCAUGGCCAAUGAGGCAGAUUCAUCACAAUGAAGCUGUUCGGCCUGUCAGCCAGAGGACUGGGGUCAUUUUUAGAAAUGUUGGUGAAAAAUGAAUCUGAGGUCUUCUGUGGAAUUUCAGGGUUACAGGGUUCAUUUAGAGAGUGGUGGCUAGGCGGAGCUACACUAAUGCCGACAUUUCACCUGCAGCAUGACGCCCAAAUAAAUCCAAGUGCACAAGCUGUUUCCUGAUCUCUCUCUCUCAUGCAUGUUUACAGACCAAGUUGAUUUUUUUUUUUCCUAUCCAGAAGAGAUUUAGACUAUAUUUACAAAGGUUUAUAAUUCAUGCAGGCAAUGAAAAUAAAGUUGUAUUUUUUAUUUUA